CAGGAAUGUUUGAACAUCAGCAAGAGGAAGAACAACAAACAGGGCAGUUUGGAUUUUUCUAAGCUGGAGUCUAAAGUAGACAAUCAGACAAACAUACCAACAGGAGCAGUCUUCACACGUCUCCAGCUGCAGUUUCAGCUUGACCAGAAAUGUCCCAGUUUGGCUCCGGCCAAGACGACCAGUGGGUGAUUAGUCAGAGAAAUGACGGAAGGAGUUUUUAUGAUUCUGGACCACAUCCGCAUAGCUGGCCUCAAUUCUACUCCCAACAACCCAGUGGCACCGUCCAUCAUUCCCGAUUUCAGUGUCCCUUUGGAGGGCGCUACACCAGAGCGCCGGUCCCUGUCUGGUACCAGUCCCAGAACCAAUGGAAGGUACACAGCCACCUGGAGAACUCCAAGUUCCACCUCCACCAGAGCCAGAACCAGCAGGUCAAGCAGUACCUGACGCUGGGCUCGAAGCUGGCGUCACCGGCCGGACAGGCCCACAGUGUACCGCAUCCGCACACCCCGGGCCAGGCCCUGGCCACCGUCCCCAUCAUGAGGAAUGGACACAUGCCUUCAGUCAGCGACAGCAGCAACCCAAACAGCCCCGUCACUCUUCUCACUAUGGCCAGCCACGACAGCGAGUUUCCAAUGGAUGAAGUUAUUGAUGACCUAAUUAGUCUUGAAUCCGGCUUCAAUGAUGGAGGCUUGGAUUGCAUGGAGCCUAACAUCAUAAUGCAAAACAAUGUGUCCCUCAGCGGCAGCAUGCUGGACGUCUAUGGGGGUGAACAAGGUAUGAACGCCCCUAAUGGUGGAAUGAGUCCCACAUCUAACCCCACAAAGCUCACUGUAAAAAGAGAAUACACAGAACACGACACAAGAGUUAUGGCAAAGGAGAGACAGAAGAAAGACAACCAUAAUCUAAUUGAAAGAAGACGAAGAUACAACAUCAACUACAGGAUAAAGGAGCUGGGGACGCUUAUACCAAAGUCCAAUGACCCAGACAUGCGCUGGAACAAAGGCACCAUCCUGAAGGCCUCGGUGGAGUACAUAAGGUGGCUGCAAAAGGAGCAGCAGCAUGCUCGGGAGCUGGAGAGUCGACAGAAAAAGCUGGAGCAGGCGAAUAGGAGGCUGCUGCUUAGGAUCCAGGAGCUUGAGAUCCAGGCCCGAGCGCACGGCCUCCCAAACAUGACAACAGCUCUGGGAACAGUUGAACUCUCCUCCCACCUCCUCAAACAGCAACAACAACAGCAACAACAGCAGCAGCAGCAACAAUCGUCCCCCCAGCCUCAGCAGCCCCAGCAGCCACCCAUCUACCAAGAGGACCCCAACAGCGACUACCUCCAGAGGAUAGCUGUGGUGGCGGGUGUUCCUUCCAUCCCCAGCGCUGCCGUGCCCCAGGAUCACAUCCCCGGCGCUGAUGGCUGCACCACGUUCUCCGACCCACUGUCCCACUUCACAGACUUCUUCAGCGCCACGCUCAAAGAGGAGCACCGGCUGGACGAGAUCCUGAUGGACGACCCGCUCUCACCUUUUGGCACCGACCCACUUCUCUCAGCCGGCUCGCCCGGAGCCGCAUCCAAAGACAGCAGCCGCAGGAGCAGCUUCAGCUCCGCGGAGGGUGACGACCUAUAAGACUUUGCUCUACAGUAGCAAUCCUGAGUGGUGAAGGGCACGCACAAAGCCUUUAAAUGACUUUUUGCUCCAGGUGUACAAAAACAACCACUCUGAGGGUUGCAGCCAGUUUCAAUGACAGCUAAAAUACCUGACAGUGCUCAAAACUUCAAUCAAAUGAGUAUCUGAGCAGCCGAUGGACUUCCUGCUCCUCUGUGUAACUUUAUUAUAGACCUAUUUUUCUGCCUCCCAGACAGAGCGGAAACAGACUCUUACAAGAAAAAGGGAGACAUUUAUCAGCCUUCAUGUAUGUUAUAUAAACGGCAAUGUCUACUGUUAUUUUGGUAAACACUGUGGUAGCCAAACACUGUAAAAUAUGCAAGAAAGUCACUGAAAAACAGCCAAAAUGCAUCUUUUCUUAACCAAAAUACUACUAUGUCAAAAAAGGAUUAUUUGGCUUGUGAUGAUGUUUUGUGCCUUAUUCAAACUCACAGUUUUGUCUUAAAAAAGACACAAAUCUGUAACUGUUGACUCACCACAAUGCCUAAUCAUGUCUUUGUCUUUUUAAGUGUUUUUGUUAAAUAAGUGUUUAUGUAUUUAUAUAUGUUCUAAUCCAUGUAUUCUUAGGAAAAGAUAUAUAUUAUCACCUAACAUGUUACCUUUUGUAUGUCUCAGUAGGGGUGGGGAAAAUAUA